AUGUGGCCACUGAAACCCAGGGCCAGCAGACAUCACGCCAAAUGCAUAAUAGCAUUGGUCUGGACCGUGGCCGUGAUUACAGCGUUUCCGAUUCUCCUAGUUACGACAUUGGAACAGCCGUCGUUUUGGCAUCAGGAAUGCGGAUUCUACAUUUGCAACGAGAAAUGGCCAAGUGAGAACGUCCGGCAUUACUAUAAUGUAGCGUUGUUGGUGCUUCAAUAUUGCAUACCAUUCGCCGUCCUUCUAUUUACAUAUGUCAACAUUGGAGUGGUGGUGUGGGGCAAAAGGACUCCGGGGGAGGCGCAGAACUCCAGAGACGUUAGGAUGGCCAAGUCCAAGAGAAAAGUAACGCUUUCCGACAAGUUGCGACAUUUCGAAUCCUGUCACAUUUUGUUUUCGAAUUUUCCAGAUGAUAAAAAUGAUGGUUACUGUGGUCAUAGCGUUCACGGUUUGUUGGCUACCGUAUAA